UUUGUAUUUACAGCCCAGAGCUACGACACUUUUCUCUCUCGUGUGUGUGUGUGUGUGUGUGCGUGUGUUUUUACGCGGCUGUUCGCCGUCUUUACUCGUUUAUUUAUCUCGGUGUCUUUAACGGAGUUUAAUUUGUCCGCGGAAACAACUUUGUUCCUGCAGAGACUCUGUUUUCUUUUUGUUUCUCCGCCUCGUCCUCUUCGCUCGUUUCCGACAUGCGAUCAGGUGGAUAGUGUGUCGGUGCUGGAUAAAGGGAGUACCUGUGUUUCUGACGUCUGAUGCUCGGCUGCAGCCGCCUCAGCCGCCAUCAUGUUCACCAAGAAGAAGAAGUCUCGCAUCCAGAUCUCGGCUCCAUCGAACUUUGAGCAUCGCGUGCACACGGACUUUGACGAGCAGGAGCAGAAGUUCGUCGGGUUGCCGCGGCAAUGGCAGUCACUGAUCGAAGACACGGCCAAAAGGCCCAAACCCUUCAUCGACGCGACGAUCAUCACUACUGUGGAGCCACGGAAGACGAUCGUUCGUGGCACUAAGCUGGCGGCGGAUGGUUCUCUGACGUGGCUGCUGGAUGAGUUUGACACUAUGUCCGUGACUCGCUCUAACUCCCUGCGGCGAGGCAGCCCCCCCAUCCAGCCCCGCAGGGACUCCAGCUCUUCAGGAGGAGGCCAGGAGAACGGAGAUCCCCACCACAGACACUACUCACACUCAGACAGAGACCGACCCAGACAAGAGGCCCCGGGUGGAGGUGACCCCCGUCAGGCUCAGCGUGGCGUCCGCCCCCCUCACAGAGACGAGGGAGUCCAGAGUCGACCCCAGCAGCAGCCCCGGGGACAAGAGCCCAGCAGGGCCCACAGAGACAAACCGGGCUCUGGUCCUCCCCCCCCUCCCCCUCACAGAGACAGAGAGCAUCGGGACCGGGACCGGGACCAGGACCAGGUGGUUCGUAGAGAUCAGUCCGGGGACCAGAGGCCCAAGUCCAGCUAUGUGGUGCGGGACGGAAGUCCUCAGUCCCCCAGAGACAAGAGGCCUCUCUCAGGACCCAACAUCCGCACCCCAAACCUGCCGGUAACCGAGGGGGUGAUGAAGACAGCGCAGCAGAACACGCGUCCGUUCAAUACCUACCCAAGGACGGACAGCGAGGGAGGACGCAGCCCCACGGGACAGGCGGCUCGACACCAGGAAGCCUCCCCUCAGAACGGCCCCACCCGAGGCUCCUCGGGCUCCAAGCCUCCCGCAAACCACCAGCAGCCUCAUCACAUGUCCCACCCGAGCCUGAACCCCGAGGCCCCCCACCACCCGCACACCCCUCACCCCAGCGUUCCCGCCCCGCGGCCCCCUGCCCCCUCCGGGCCCCCGGCGUCGGGCGCCCAACCUCAGGGCCGCUCGCCCCAGAGGGAACCCCAGAGAGUCUCCCACGAGCAGUUCAGAGCCGCGCUGCAGAUGGUGGUCGACCCCGGCGACCCGCGGACCUACCUGGACCACUACAUCAAGAUAGGGGAGGGGUCCACGGGGAUCGUGUGCAUAGCCACGGUGAAGACGACGGGGAAACUGGUGGCCGUGAAGAAGAUGGACCUGAGGAAGCAGCAGCGUAGGGAACUCCUCUUCAAUGAGGUGGUGAUCAUGCGCGACUAUCACCAUGAGAACGUGGUGGAGAUGUACAACAGUUACCUGGUCGGGGACGAGCUCUGGGUCGUCAUGGAGUUUCUGGAAGGAGGAGCUCUCACUGACAUCGUGACGCACACCAGGAUGAACGAGGAGCAGAUUGCCACCGUGUGUCUGUCUGUCCUGAAGGCGUUGUCCGUCCUCCACACACAAGGUGUGAUCCACAGAGACAUAAAGAGCGACUCCAUCCUCCUCACACAUGACGGACGGGUGAAGCUGUCAGACUUCGGUUUCUGUGCUCAGGUGUCGAAGGAAGUGCAGAGACGGAAGUCUCUGGUUGGGACGCCCUACUGGAUGGCGCCGGAGCUCAUAUCCAGACUGCCCUACGGACCGGAGGUGGAUAUCUGGUCUCUGGGCAUCAUGGUCAUAGAGAUGGUGGACGGGGAGCCGCCUUACUUCAACGAGCCGCCGCUCAAAGCCAUGAAGAUGAUCCGAGACAACCUGCCUCCAAAACUGAAGAACCUGCACAAGGUCUCCCCCAUCCUCAAAGGCUUCCUGGACAGGAUGUUGGUUCGGGACCCGGCUCAGAGGGCGACGGCCAGCGAGCUCCUCAAACACCCCUUCCUGGCGAAGGCCGGCCCUCCGUCCUGCAUCGUCCCCCUGAUGCGGCAGAACCGGAUGAGAUGAGACGAGACGAGACGACGCGCGGCGCUGAGACUUCGCCCGACUCUGGAGGAGAAGAGCGUGCAGGCUCAGGUGGAACAGAAUACUCCUGCACACGGAGGAGGUCACAGGUCACAGGUCACAGGUCACAGGUUCGCGGACGAGAGGAACUGAGCCUCCAGUCGGACCCUGAGAGACGUGUUGAGAGCUGUGAAGCUUUAUCUGGGUGUGCAGGAGUAUUCUCUUUUCUGAUGUGAGUCACUGAACCGUGGGGAGUGAACCCCCCCCACAAAACAAGAGGCAAUAAGUUGGUGUGUGUGUGUGUUUGAGUGUGUGUGUGUGUGUUGCCAUGCUGUUAUAACAGUGUUUCAUGGUGUGUGUGAGUGUGAAUGAGUGGGAGAGAGAGAGAGCUCUCACUUGGAGUCAUGAAGGUGGAGUAAACACAGCAGAGGAGCUACAACUCGCCUGUGAUUUUAACUGAUUUCAUGUAAACGUGUGUUUUAAGUGAAGAGCUUCACCUGGAAACGUUGAGCUCUUUCCCUUUUUGUUCCCGUUUUGUUGGAUUUUACCUGGAUUUUUUUUUUUUUUUUUUGCGUGUGAAAGUGGGAGGUUUGCACACGGGGUCCGAUGCUCUUUAAAGGAGCCCGGGAGCCGGAGCGACGUUUUUAUUAAUCUCACCGUUGGACAAUCUGGAAGCAGGUUUUAUGUUUUUUUUUUUUUCCACUACGGAGACGUCCCUCAAGGACGGACACUGUCCUCUGUCCUCGCCACACCCAGAACUUACUACUGAGAGAGGAAAUGUUUGGACUCUGGAAAUGAGUCGGACAGACUUUUAAUUUUGUAGACAUGACACAAAAAAAAAAAAAAAAAUUGUUAGGUUCCUGUUGUAAAGAAGCAAACGUUACACUAAGUGAAAAGGUAAACACUGGAGUCGUGGAUGAAUCUUUCUCUUAUUUCCUGUGUAAUUACAAUGAACAUAGAGAGAUAUAUCGGUUUGGAUGUUUUACUAUCUCUUAUUUUUGAUUGUUUUUAAUUGUUUCCAGGUUUAUUUUAGAAUGAGAUGUGAUGAUUUUUUUUUUUUUUUUUUAAAGCACUGUUGAUGAGAGAUAGAAGCUGCACUCACCCAGGUGAUCUCAGCAGAUUACACACACACUACACUUUAGUUUUAGACCGGAUAGAACGCAGCCCCUUAAAAAACACUGAGACUAAAUGAGUCGUUGCUUUUAGAAGAGAGGAGGCCUUUUUCCACGCCCUCCGUUAAUGAACUCAGCUCGAUGUGGAGGAUGAAUUAUCAGCUCGUCCCGUUGUCCUGCUACGCCAGCUGUCCAAUUAAUGUUCGGUUAUCAGGUUAACGAAUCCAUCAGGCUGCUGGUAGUUUGAGCUCUAACCCAGAGAUGAGGAAAACUCUACUGUGCAGGAAGGAGGAAGAAAAGUGGAGGUUUAUAUCACUAAUGUACUUUGUGUUUGUUUGUUUGUGUGUGAGUGGAAAUGUGGGAUAGGCCAUUAUUGUAGUGUUUUGUGUGGGAUCAUUAGGCAGACGAGGAAAAUCCACUCGAAAUAAUAGCUGGCUAUAAUAUUCAAACAUUUAUAAUCAGACCUGCAGGAAAAAAAAAAAACAAUGAUACAGCCUCAGCAGCUGAGCAAAAACACCCUGCACAGCUAAGAACAGUUGAGCUGGUUAUUAUACGCCCACUCGCAGAUAAGUGGAGCUUCUUGCUGCACCUUGUAGCAGUGAAGACGACACUGAAGAGAAGGAUGUUUCUCUGGUGUAAGAAGUCCUCCCCUCUCGCAACAUAAAGAGCCUGUAGAUACAUUCGUGCCUCAGUCAAGGCUGUUGUUUCCAUUCCUUCUAUGUCUCCCAGUUCAGAGACGCCUCUCGUCUCCUCAGAGCCCAGAACGCUCUCAGUUUGAAGCUGAAACAACAACAACAACCUGGAGGUUUAUUAGAUGACUCACGUUACGUUGUCCUGCAGAUUUUUUUUUUUACGUGCAUACACCACUACAAGUGUGAGGCCUUGUGCAAAGCGCAGCAGCGACAGUCGGAUGCGGACGUCGUCGUCUCUGGGCAGGAAGUCAGACGCUAGUUGUCUAAUAUUGCUGGUAAUGUCUGCAAAGCGCAGCUGGGAGAGGUUUGAACCGAGGUUCCUGUCUAAUGUUGUGGAGUUGCAGUGUUGUUUGUCACUGUGGUUACUGUUAUGAUGCCGACUCCAUUAUCUGCACCUUAACCUCAGUAGAAAUACUUCCUCUCUGCUGUUUUUGUUUCUCUGGGCUCAAAGUUGAAAAAAAAAAAUGAGAAAAUGGUAGUUUCCAUUUCCGUGAUUAUUUCCAUGCCCAGGCCUUCGCUGUUCCAGUCGCUUGUAGGUUAAUUGUAAACCUGACACUUUUCCCUUCACCCAGUAAAAAAUGUGCAGCAGGAGUUGUGUUCUUUGCCACCGUGCCACUCGCUUGUGCGUCUUUGUUGUGGUUUAAAGAGGGGGAAAAACCUGCAGAAAGAAACGUGUCAAAGUUUAUCGCGUCGGUUGGUGUUUGCUUUAUAACGAGGGGGAAACGGCCGCCGCGCGGAGAGAAAAUCAGUUUGGGCUGUAAAACUUUAUAAUGACACACUUUGAACUCUUCUGUUUUCUGUGAACAGAUCACAGCUUUGAAAAGAUGAACAGAAACUACACAGAUUGAUUAUAGAACACUAACUAAGAUUUCACAUCCUGGUAAACAUCUGUGAGCGGCCUCUCGGUGAUUCCUGCUGUAUUGAUACUGUUAAAAAAAACAACUGGAUCGGACGCAGCUUCAGCAGAGUUUCAGGAUAUUUUGUCAUGAAAGUAGAAUUAUUGGAGGAAACGUUUUCACUCAUUUGACACAGAAAAGCUGAAGCGUACGCUAAUGUUUUAUUUUUGGUCCAAAUAACCAACUCCUCACAGAAUAUUCUCUCUUAUUCUCUGAACUUUAGACUCUUUCUCUGCUGUGUCCUACUUUUCUUUAUCAAUGUGAAAAUCUCCGGAUCUGUUCCCUGCCCUGGUGUGACCGACAUUACGUCGACUCUAACUGUGUUAUGUGUUUGUUUUUUAUUUUUUUAUGGACCACAUCCUACUGCUGUGUUUGUGUACGAGUGUGUCAGGUUUUCAUGCCUUAACAUUUACAACCGUCACCACAUGACGCAUUAUAAGAAACUCCCGCGUAAUCUCAAAGCGUCUCGGAGUAAUUUCGAUGCGUUUAAAGAGUCAUUAACAUUCCUCACUGUCUUCACAUUGCUGAGCAUCGAGGAGUUUCUGGGUUUUAUUUUAUUUUAAGAGGCAGAACUACUGGGGUUCGUUUCUCUGUCGCUUCCAGAGGUUUUCUGUGGAUCUCUUUUUAUAAUUUUUUAUUUUUUUAGUGCCUUUCUUUAGCAUCAUCUUUCCAGACAUUUCCGGGAUCAUUCUGCUUUUGUCUUGCGUCUUUGAAACUCCCUACAGGAUCUGUGGCCUCUGGAUUCUACAGAAAAGUGAAUGAGGUCAUUUCCAGAAACCACUGAGACUGAAAUGAAUUCUCCUUAUCUUCCUCCUCUGAUGGACUCUUCUGAUUCACACUGACUCACCUCGUGUUUAGACUCUGUUGAUGUGAUGUGUCAGAUACACAAGAAACUGAACCUGCACCGUCUUAUUUUUGUAAAUUUCACUGGUAUUGUAAAAACAUAGACUUCACUUUGCAAAUUUUACCUUUUUUUUUUUUUGCAAAUACAAUUUUUGUAAAAGAU